AUGUAUCCGAGUCCCCAGCCAAGCGGCAGGGCAAACGGCACGAGAGCUUGCUUGCGAUCCGCCAUAAUUGAACAGAAGAAGAAGAAAAACUCUGUCCGCAUCCCUUCCUUCUCUGGACCGGGACUUUCUGAGGCGGGUUCAGAAGUGUUGGACCGCUCGGGUCUCGGAUGGUUUUUCACCCCUACAGGCUGCAUGCUAGUUCGGCUCCUUUUCCGCAGCAUGUCCUCCGCUCCAACUCGUCACGUGGUCUGGCAGUCCGAGGGGCUGGUGGCCUACCUGAACCCCCGACCCUGGACCCCGGGCUCCGUGAUCCUGGAGAGCAGCGCUCCGGGCAGCGCAGGAGGCAGCAUCUUCCACCUCGGUGAGUCCGAGUGCUUGACCUGGCUGCUGGGGGCGAGGAGCGUCGCCGAGCUGCUGUGUGACAGGCUGGGUGUUCGGAGGUGUGCUCUGGUCAGCAGACCCCACAGAGACAGGCCUGCUCAGAUCCGUGUCCUGCCGCUCCACGGUCUGGACGCAGAGUGGCGCCCCCACCUGGCUGGAGAAGAGGAGUACAACGCUCACGACCCGGGAUACUGCACUUCCAAGUCGGCUCCUCGAUGGAGCGACUCCAGCCUGACUGACGUUCAGAACCGAAUCCGGGCGAGGCUGCCGCUCCCCGACGCACCGCCCGAUCUCACGUUCCUGGGCGACGACCCGGCUCACGCCGGCCUCUUCUCGCGCAUCGUCCGAGGGGAGGAGAAGCAGUGGCGCGUGUGGGAGGACGAAGGCCACGUCGCCUUCCUCACUCCGUUCCCCAACUCCCCCGGCUUCACCGUGCUGGUUCCGCGGCGACCUCUGACCUCGGACAUAUUCAGACUGCAGAGAGGAGACUACGAAGCGCUGGCGUCGGCCGCCAGGAAGGUGUCGCUGCUCUUGGAGGAAGGACUCGGCGCCUGGGGGGUGGGGCUUAUUUUCGAGGGCUUUGAAAUCGACUACGCUCACGCCAAGCUGAUUCCGCUGCCGUCACCCUCGCCGUCAGGGGAAGGAAACGAAGCCGCCGCGCCUCGCUCCCCGCACUUCCACCCCACUUACCCGGGUUACGUCACGUCAGAGGACGGACCUGAAGCUGACCCGGAGAACCUGAAGGAGACGCACGCUAAAAUUACUGGAGCUUAAUGUCGCUGCGUUCAACUCAAGGCUUUUAUUUUUUUGACCAAUCACAAAACUGUGCUUGUUUUCUUUCAGCCAAACAAGCAUGUAAAUGAUAUAAAUAAUCAAGCAAAUGUUUUAUCUUUCCAUCAAAAACAUUGACUUUUCACUCAGAAAUCUGAUUAAAAUAAUGUGAAUAUCAA